UCACAAGCACUGCAGACGGACAGACGCAUUUAGCGACAUGAUAUAGUCACAGAUUCCUAAAUGUUGGCUGUGGUAUGAAGAGGUAGUUGUGUUAUAUAGUUUAUGUUUGGUUUUUAGUAAUCUAAAGUAUUUAUAUUUGAUGUAAUUGUAUAUACCUCAAUACAAUUUAGCGACACCACUUGUGGCAUCAUGAUGAUGCGAGUUAACUGUCGCUGAUAGUCUGACCGAGUUGCAACAAUGUUGCCCUCACCUAACAUUUUGACCAGAUCCGCUUCCCAAUUGGUGUCAUACUCAAAGUUUUGGAGUCAAGGUCAUCUGUGGUGCCCAUGCCGGAAUGUCUCCGUUAAACCAGAAGGGUGGAAACCGCAGAAGGUUCCACCAAGAUACCUCGGCCAGCUAAGCCCCUUCACUCAUCCACACCUCAUAAAAAAUGGUGAGGUGAUCCCUGGCUUAACCCAAACAGAGUUUGAUCUCCGUCGGCAAAGACUGGCCUCUCUCAUUGAGGUUCAAGCAGAUCGGCUGGGACCCACUGUUUCGUCCAACAAACACCUCGUCAUAGUCCUCUCCCACCCAAUCCGCUACAUGACCAAUGACAUCCCCUACCCCUUCCACCAGAACCAGGACUUCCUCUACCUCACAGGCAUCCUUGAGCCAGACAGCGCCCUGGUUCUGUGUGGUACCGACCGCCCGGACCAAGCCAUCCUCUUUGUACCCCGCAGGGACCCGGCCAGGGAGCUGUGGGACGGGCCCAGGUCAGGGAAGGACGGGGCGGCAGCGUUGACGGGGGUGGAGAGGGUCCACUGCACAGAAGAGUUGGGACUUGUACUCAAAAGCCUUAAAGGUAGCACUGUGUGGUAUGAUGGCUCCAAGCCCUGCCACCCUGGGCUCCACCAGACCCAUGUUCGGCCCCUGUUGGAAGGGGGGCCCAUGGUGCGCUCUCUCAGACCCCUUACACACUCCCUCAGGGCCCUCAAGAGCCCAGCCGAGGUGGCUCUCAUGAAGGAGGCUGGUCGCAUCACAGCACAGGCAUUCAAGAAGACUAUGGGUAUGUCUCAAGGGGACAUUGAUGAAUCUCUACUGUAUGCUAAGUUUGAUUUUGAGUGCCGUGCCCAUGGAGCCAAUUUCUUGGCCUAUCCUCCUGUGGUUGCUGGUGGAAACCGAGCCAAUACACUUCAUUACAUAAACAACAACCAGAUUGUCAAGAAUGGGGAGAUGGUGCUACUUGAUGGAGGGUGUGAAUACUUCUGUUAUGUCAGUGAUAUUACUCGCACCUGGCCGGUGAACGGAAAGUUCAGCCCUGCCCAGGCAGAGUUGUAUGAGGGGGUGUUGGAGGUGCAGAAGUCCUGUCUGUCUCUGUGCUCCCCAGGAGCCAGUCUGGACCACAUCUACAGCACCAUGUUGGCUCUGCUGGGACGCCAACUCAAACAGCUGGGUAUCGUGAAGGGCUCCACCAGUGAUGCUGAUACACUUAAGGCGGCACGGCGCUACUGCCCCCACCAUGUUGGUCACUACCUGGGCAUGGAUGUACACGAUACCCCUGAGCUUUCCCGCUCUCAGCCCCUCCAGCCUGGAAUGGCAAUCACAAUAGAGCCAGGGCUGUACAUAUGUGAGGACGAUGACCAGGUUCCAGAUCGAUUCCGUGGACUUGGGGUGAGAAUAGAGGACGACGUUGUGAUUCAAGACGAGAUAAACCCCUUGAUCCUGUCCUCUGACACACCCAAAACCAUUGCUGAUGUUGAAAGAGCCUGUGCACAGAGUUGGGGCUGAGAGAGACUAGACAUGGGGAGGGUAUAUACCUUGCUCCCAAUUGGAGUGUGACUGUAUACACUCCUCAAAAUGCUAUGUGUGAGCAAGAGUGAGUGUUCAUCCCUCUCGAGUGACUGGUCACAUUUCAGUGGGUUCGUCUUCAGUAUAUUGGCGAUUGCACAAUUUAAUGUGCAUCCCGCCACCUACUGUGUGGGAUGGAAACGGGGUUUCCCCAAAAAAAUGGAACUACCAACAAAAACUAACAAAAAUAAAUAUCAAACAACUUUACUGUUAAAAAAAUUAACUAAUCUGAUCCCUACACAGGCCCAGGGGGAGCCUGGGAGGGCGGGCUGUCUUCCGGCACCAAUACCCCUUCCAAGUGCUUCAGAUGUAUACUAAACAAAAAUAUAAACGCAACAUCUAAAUUGUUGGUCCCAUGUUUCAUGAGCUGAAAUAAAAGAUUCCUGAAAUGUUCCAUAGACACAAAAAGCUUAUUGCUCUCAAAUUUUGUGUGCAAAUGUGUUUUAAGUCUCUGUUAGUGAGCAUUUCUCCUUUGCAAAGAUAAUCAAUCCACCUGACAGGUUUGGCAUAUCAAGAAGCUGAUUAAACAGCAUGAUCAUUAAACCGGUACACUUUGUGCUGGGAACAAUAAAAUGUGCAGUUUUGUCACACAACACAAUGCCACAGAUGUCUCAAGUUUUGAGUGUGCAAUUGGCAUGCUGACAUGGCAGGAAUGUCCAAACAGAGCUGUUGCCAGAGAAUGUACUGUUAAUUUCUCUACCAUAAGCCACCUCCGACGUUGUUUUCGAGAAUUUGUCAGUACAUCCAACCGGCCUCAACCACAGACCACGUUUAACAAUGCCAGACCAGGACCUCCACAUCUGGCUUCUUGCCGGGGGAUUGUCUGAGAAGGGGGAGGUUGUAUUUCUGUCUGUAAUAAAGCCCUUUUGUGGCCUGGCUCCCAAUUGGCUGUGCCCCUGCUGGGUCAUGUGAAAUCCAUAGAAUUAGGGCCUAAUGCAUUUAUUUCAAUUGACUGAUUUCCUUCUAUGUACUGUAACUCAGUGAAAUAUUUGCAAUUGUUGCAUGUUGCGUUUAUAUUUUUUGUUCAGUAUAAAAUCCUUAAGUCCCAAAAACGUUUCUACUGCAAGCCACAAUAAUGUCCAGUUUCUUAGACUUCUUUGAGAUUUGAGCCACAGUUUAUAACUGGCAAUGAGCACCACAAAAUACACAUUUUUAACACAGGG